AUGUCACGUCCGCGGGCUCUGUCGGGCGCUGAUGCCCCGAAGGAACCACAUGCGGUCUCCCUAAAAGUGUUGCGCCUCGCGCGACCGUCCCUUUCCUAUCAAUAUCCCCUCCCGAUGUCUAACAGUAUAAUCUCCACGAAAGCCUCGCUAAGCUGUCCAUCCGGUAACUCCGAUGAUCAGUUCAUUUUAGCGCCUCUUCUUACUUUACCUCCCUCCUUCGGGUCCGUCUACGUCGGGGAAACCUUCGGAUGCACGCUCAGCACGAACAAUGAGAUCGAUGAUGACGACAAUGAGAGAGUCCUUACAUCAGUUCGCAUAGUAGCCGAAAUGCAAACACCUUCGUCAGUCGCAGCACUGGAGCUGGAGCCACCCAGUGACUCUGCAUCAGCAGACGGGCUCAAGAUCGGCGAAUCAUUACAAAAGAUCCUACGGUUUGAUUUGAAGGAGGAAGGAAACCAUAUACUAGCUGUCAGUGUCAGCUAUACAGAGACAAAGAUUGGCUCAGACUCCCAGGCAGCUAGUGGCCGGGUCAGGACCUUCCGCAAGCUAUACCAGUUUGUGGCACAGCCCUGUUUGAGCGUUCGGACCAAGGCAUCCGAACUGCCGCCACUUGAGGUAGAUAAUAAGUCACUCGGUCCGUACGGGAAGACUAGGUUACUCCGGUUUGCCCUGGAGGCACAAUUGGAAAACGUGGGUGAGGGCGCGGUGGUAGUCAAGCAAACAAAACUAAAUCCUAAGCCACCGUUCCAAUCAAAAUCGCUAAAUUGGGAGACGAUGAACCUGGACAUGACGGCACUACCCACACUCAAUCCACGGGAUGUCCUACAAGUAGCAUUUUUGAUGGAACAAGAAGAGGGCCAGAACGAGGGACUUGAAACUCUCCAGAAGGACCUGCGACGGGACGGUCGUGUCACGCUAGGUCAGUUGUCGAUUGAAUGGCGUGGCGCCAUGGGAGACAAGGGGUUCCUGACGACGGGCAACUUAAUGAGCCGGAAACGCACUUGA